AUGGCGCAAAAUAGACACUGGGAACAAGAUAAGGAGGCGACCGUCUACAUAGGUAACAUCGACGAGCGCGCGACAUCAGCGAUGGUAUACGAGAUCAUGCUUCAGAUGGGCCCCAUCCACAACAUCCAUAUGCCUCGCGACCGCGUCACGCAGACGCAUCAGGGCUUCGGUUUCGUCGAGUUUCGCACGCCCACCGACGCCGAGUACGCGGCCAACGUCAUGAACGGCAUCAAGUUGUACGGAAAAUCACUGCGUGUAAAUAAAGCCAGCGCCGACAAGCAGCGAGCCGCAGAGGUUGGCGCCGAGCUGUUCAUCGGAAACCUCGAUCCCAUGGUCGACGAGAAGAUUCUCUACGACACGUUUAGCCGGUUCGGUCCGUUGCUUAGCUUGCCAAAGGUCGCGAGGGAGGAGUCUGGUGCGAGCAAGGGUUUCGGUUUCGUCAGCUUUGCCGAUUUUGAGAGCAGUGAUGCUGCUAUUGACACAUUGCACGGCCAGUACAUUUUGAGCAAGGAGGUCUCGGUUCAAUAUGCUUUCAAGAAGGAUGGAAAGGGAGAGAGACAUGGUGACCAAGCUGAGCGAGCACUCGCUGCGGAAGCGAAGAAGCGCAACAUUGUUCCCGAGGCGCAACCUGUUCCUCAAGCAUUCCUUCAACCACCGCCUGCCGCUGCAGCGCCUCCAGCUGGCUUCGAUCCCUCAGCCAUGGGAAGAAUGCCUGUCGGUGCACCUCCCCAGGGCGUACCCGGUGGUUUCGCGCCGCCUGGACGAGGCCCUUCACCAUACAACGCCGGCGUCCCGCCCCCUGGAGCUCCUCCUCGAGGCGCUGUCCCUCUGCCCCCAGCACCAUCUGGCCUACCCGCGCGACCCCCGCAAUCGCAGGCCGGAUAUACCAACCCAGCCGAUUUCCACCCUGGAAGCUUCCGACCACCAUCUGGAUCUCCUGCGCAAGGUUACCCAGUUGCUCCCCCACCUGGAUUCCCUACGCCUCCUCCAGGCGCAGGUGCUGCUCCUGGAGCUCCUCCACCUGGGUUUAUGCCUCCUCCAGGCUUCCAACCACCCCCCGGAUUCCGCCGCUGA